UGUGUGUGUGUGUGUUUGUGUGUGUGUGUGUGUGUGCCGCCGAGUCUGUGUGCAGUGGGUGUGGGUGUUUGUCUCCCUGUAUCCGCCUUCCCUCCUGUCCUGGACAUUUAGCCUUCCUGGGCUCGCCUUUCUCAUGUCCUGCCUCCUCCCUCUUGGGGCUCAAAUUGGGCUCCCUGGUUGAGGAGGGGGGCACACUCCAGGACCUAGUCCAACCCCAGACGCUGCCUGAGGCUUCCCUCCAGCUCCCCCUCCCUUCCUUUCCUCCCUCCCUCUCUUUCCUUUCCUUCCUCCCCCCCCCCAGGCUGGCGUGCCAGGGGGUGGGACAUGCCAAUCACUGGCUGUGCCUCUCCCGCUGCCAGCACAGGGCGCAGCUCCCCCCGGGGAGCCAGGUGUUUGGGUCCCUGGAGACGCCGCCAGCCCCCCGGGGAGACAGUGGGGCUGAAGACCCUACAGAUCCCUCUCCAGCCCAUGGUGAUGACCCUCCUCUGAGGAAGCCCUGUAGUGUGACUGGAGGAAGAGGCUGUCCCCAAGCCCCACAUGGCCACCAUGAACACCUCAGCCCCACCCGCUGUCAGCCCCAACAUCACUGUCCUGGCACCGGGAAAGGGCCCCUGGCAAGUGGCCUUCAUUGGGAUCACCACAGGCCUCCUGUCAUUGGCCACAGUGACAGGCAACCUGUUGGUCCUCAUCUCCUUCAAGGUCAACACGGAACUCAAGACAGUCAAUAACUACUUUCUGCUGAGCCUGGCCUGCGCUGACCUCAUCAUUGGCACUUUCUCCAUGAACCUCUACACCACCUACCUGCUCAUGGGCCACUGGGCUCUGGGCACGCUGGCCUGUGACCUCUGGCUGGCCCUGGACUAUGUGGCCAGCAAUGCUUCCGUCAUGAAUCUGCUGCUCAUCAGCUUUGACCGUUACUUCUCUGUGACUCGGCCCCUGAGCUACCGUGCCAAGCGCACGCCUCGCCGGGCAGCCCUGAUGAUUGGCCUCGCCUGGCUGGUUUCUUUCGUCCUCUGGGCCCCAGCCAUUCUCUUCUGGCAGUACCUGGUAGGGGAGCGGACGGUGCUGGCUGGGCAGUGCUACAUCCAGUUCCUCUCCCAGCCCAUCAUCACCUUUGGCACAGCCAUGGCUGCCUUCUACCUCCCUGUCACCGUCAUGUGCACACUCUACUGGCGCAUCUACCGGGAGACGGAGAACCGGGCACGGGAGCUAGCUGCCCUGCAGGGCUCUGAGACGCCAGGCAAAGGGGGUGGCAGCAGCAGCAGCUCAGAGAGGUCCCAGCCAGGGGCUGAGGGCUCACCAGAGACUCCUCCGGGCCGCUGCUGUCGCUGUUGCCGGGCCCCCAGGCUGCUGCAGGCCUACAGCUGGAAGGAGGAAGAGGAAGAGGAUGAAGGCUCCAUGGAGUCCCUCACCUCCUCGGAGGGUGAGGAGCCCGGCUCCGAAGUGGUGAUCAAGAUGCCCAUGGUGGACCCCGAUGCACAGGCCCCCACCAAGCAGCCCCCCCGGAGCUCCCCCAAUACAGUAAAGAGGCCGACCCGAAAAGGGCGUGAUCGAGCUGGCAAGAGCCAGAAGCCCCGCGGGAAGGAGCAGCUGGCCAAGCGGAAGACCUUCUCGCUGGUCAAGGAAAAGAAGGCGGCUCGGACCCUGAGUGCCAUCCUGCUGGCCUUCAUCCUCACCUGGACACCGUACAACAUCAUGGUGCUGGUGUCCACCUUCUGCAAGGACUGUGUUCCCGAGACCCUGUGGGAGCUGGGCUACUGGCUCUGCUACGUCAACAGCACCGUCAACCCCAUGUGCUAUGCUCUCUGCAACAAAGCCUUCCGGGACACCUUCCGCCUGCUGCUGCUCUGCCGCUGGGACAAGCGACGCUGGCGCAAGAUCCCCAAGCGCCCUGGCUCUGUGCACCGCACCCCCUCCCGCCAAUGCUGAUGGUCCCCUCUCCUGCAUCCCUCCACUCCCGAUCCCAGGAGAGGCCGGUGGAAAGCGGGCAGGGGCUAUGUCCUCAGCCCCAGGGCCCUGCUGGGGCCUCAUUCGGCUUCCCAGGACCCUGGGUCACCUUCCUGGACAGCCAAGAUAGACCCUGCCAAUUUUCCAAACUUUGCUAUUCCCAGGCAGGGAGGGAAACCUGGGGAACUGGUUUUUCUGUUCCCUACUGGGUGGGAGUGGGCUUUUCACCAGGAAGAAGGCUCGGGAGGAGGAUCUGGGCUUUGGACUCCUUGUUUGCAUUUAGGCAGGAAGUCAGGAGCCAGCAGGACAGGCUGUGAGAAAGAAGGCUCAACAUUACAGUCUUCCUCAGCCCAGUGGCGACCUGGUUUGCAGAGUGAGAUGGUACCUCUGGGGGGCCACAAACGGGAACUUACACCAGCCACUGAGAAAGCAAAGCUUGACCCACAAGGAGCUGGAGAUUCCUAGCUGGGGAUCCCCCCCAACUCCAUAGGCAGAGCCUUCCCAGCUGGGCCGUAAGCACACUCUCCAGGAUAGUCCAGCUUCCUGACAAAUGUCCCCAGAGUGUCUCUAGAUGGGUCACCUCUGAGGCAAAUGUCCAAGUAUGAGCAGGACAAUGACACCAGAGGGGACCAGCUUGUCUAGUCACACAUCAAGUCCCACAGCAGCAGUAGGACCAGGUGCCAGAUGUCCCGACUGUCCCACUAUGUCAUUUCCCUGAGAGUAGGGGGCAGGGGUGCCUGCUAUCCAGCCCCACACCCGUAACCUCUGCCCCAGAGAAACCUCAGUUUCUCCCUGCUGGCUCAUAGCCACCACAUGGGUGGAUCUGCUCCGUGCAGAUCUAGUCAGGCCUCCUGCAUGCUGCCUGCCUCCAGCCCUGCCCCACACAGGCCUGGCCCAGCCAGCAGGUUCUCUCCUGUGAGCUCCCCAAUCCGACCCCUGCAUGGCCUUCCAGCCGCCUUUAUCUCCAGCCCCAGCCUGGGCCCAAAUGUUCUUUCCUUCCAUCCUCAGCAAGUGCUGAGUCUGUGAAUAAAGCCACAUAACCAGCGGGCACUAAGGGACACUCUCUGUGUUGGCUCGAGGCCCUGGUCUCAGGCCAAGGCAGGAUGGGGCAGGGAGGGCCCAAGUACUGUGGAAUGUGGGCUGCUGCCCAGGAGGUGGUUCCAGGACGGGCAGCACUGAGUGGCUGGAUCUACCAAAGCCUGUGGGUCCCAGCGCCAGGGGUCCCUGACUCAGGUGAGUGGAGCAGCAACAGGCAGACCUGCAUCUGGAAGUGAGGCAGCCAGGUAAAAUAAACUGCCACUGCCCAGA